UCAGUUAAACUCUUGAAACUUGUGUCCCUGCAAGUUGAAGUGUCAGCAUGGUCCUGGGAGAUGCAGAAGGGGUGACAUCCCCGAGACAGAGCAGCUAACGGGGGCACAGGCUAUUCGACUGUAUGGGCUCAGCCACUGCUUAGCCAAAUUGCUUACUUGCUGUUCUGUGAUGAGAAGGAGGUUCAUUUAAGGUUAAUUUAAUUUAUUAGGUUAAUUUAAGCAUGGAUCCCCGUGACCUAAGGAUGAGGGAGUGGGAAGUGGGGAACCUGUGUCAUUAAGAGGAGGGAAUGUGGUUCCCGUGACCUAAGGAUGUGGGAGUGGGAAGUGGGGAACCUGUGUCAUUAAGAGGAGGGAGCGUGGAUCUCUGUGACCUAAGGAAGAGGGAGUGGGGAACCUGUGUCAUUAAGAGGAGGGAGCGUGGAUCUCUGUGACCUAAGGAAGAGGGAGUGGGGAACCUGUGUCAUUAAGAGGAGGGAGUGUGGAUCUCUGUGACCUAAGGAAGAGGGAGUGGGGAACCUGUGUCAUUAAGAGGAGGGAGCGUGGAUCUCUGUGACCUAAGGAAGAGGGAGUGGGGAACCUGUGUCAUUAAGAGGAGGGAGUGUGGUUCCCGUGACAUAACAAGGAGGGGGCAACGUUAGCUCCAGGGACCUCUCACUCAUUCCCCACUCUUCACGCUCUGUACACAUUCUGCUCUUGCACUCUUUCCUUUCACACUACUUUCCCAUUUCAACCAAAUCCUUGUCUCAUUCAGCUUUUCAUUUAUCCCUUCUGUCAUCCCAACUCAACUCCUGUCUCUUGCCUCCUGUUCUUCUUUCCUGUUUAUUCCACCCAUCUCCUAUAUUCCAAGCCUCAGUCCUUCACUUCUUUCCAUUCUCAGAACCCAACAGCUGGGAUUUUCUAUCCAUCUUUACAUUUCUAUCUGUCCUCCUGGGCUUGUCUACUCUUCUUCCAAAACACUCUUGUUAGGGAGAGAAGACUUCCAGAAACCCUCUAAGCAUUUAUUCCCAGUCCUGCAGUCUUUCAUGUUUUCUUACCUAGUUGGUCCAGAUUAUUGUAAUAUCUGUUUAUCUCUCUCACUGUCUGCUCUGUGGUCUUCUGCCCACAAUUGUCAGUCUAUUCUCUUCCACCUCUCACAAGAUGCUCUAUUUCCAGCUUGUCCUGAUGGCGGGAACAGUCAUCCUCUCGUACCACUUUGAGUACACGGACACCUUCCCUGUCCACAAUCAAGGAUUCUUCUGCUAUGACAGCACUUUAUCCAAACCUUACCCUGGACCAGAGAGCACAAGCCGGGCACCACCACGUCUGCUGUAUCCGCUCAUCGCCAUUCUACCCAUCCUCACGAUCCUCGUGGGUGAGGUUACUUCUGUCCUGAUUGAUCCGCGCUGGAAGAACAGAGAGAGGGUCAUUGCCUGUGGGGACUGUUGCUUUUUCAAUCCUUUACUGCGCCGUAUUGUGCGGAUUCUGGGUCUUUUCUCCUUCGGCCUGUUCUGUACAGUCAUUUUCGCCGGGGCAGUUCAGACAGUUACUGGGAACCAGACUCCACAUUUCCUAUCUGUGUGUCGUCCUAACUACACUGCUCUGGGCUGUGUGUCCCACAUUCAGUAUGUGUCAACCCCACAGGCCUGCACCGGAGACCCUGAUCUGAUCGCUGAGGCGCGCAAAGCCUUUCCGUCCAAGCCCGCAGCUCUGGGCGCAUAUUCUGCAGUAUAUACCACGAUGUACGUCACCCUGGUGCUGAGAAUUAAAGGGUCCCGGCUGGUGAAACCGUCCCUGUGCUUCGCCAUUCUGUCUCCUUCGUGGCUUCUGUCUUUGCUGCGUGUGGCUGAGUAUCGCAACCACUGGAGGGAUGUGCUGGCGGGGACAAUCGUUGGUUCAGCCAUUGCAGUCUUUCUGGUAACCUGUGUGCUUAAUAAUUUUGGAAGCUCGAGUUCUAAGCCUGAGGAAGCAGAGGUUCCUGUGCAGGAUCUACCCAGACAUCCGGUGCCAUCUCUGCCCCCUUCAUCAACACGUGAAAAAGUUAUGGGGUUUUGCCCACAGAUGUCACCUGACCCUCCUCCUUGCCUUGUUCCGGUGACCCCAGAUGUCCUCAUACCCUCCAACUGUAUGACCAGUCAGGUUUGAAGAUGCCUGAUCCAAAGCUCACAGAGAAUGCAGAUUCCUAAACUUUACGGCACUGACCCCUCAUCCCCUCAGUGCUUUUAUUGCCAAACUUACAUCCCAGAGAAGGUUGUCCUUUAUAUACCCCAUGUCUAUAUUGUGCAUUCCAUACUCUCAUAUUAUGCUAGGCUGCAACUCUCUGUCCCAAACCCUCUUUUGAUACCACAGUGUGUUUAGCAAUGAUGUAGUUCCACUUCAAUGAAUUGAGCAACAUCUUACGCAGAAAAUCCAUUUAUACCCAUAAACUGUGUUAAGCUUUUUUCUACCACCAACAAACACAGCACCUGCCACCAGUAUAGAGGCCUAGCAA